UACUGUGUCCAUCCCUCUCCAGCUUCCUUACUGACCCCCUGAAGGUACUGGAAGUUACUGUAGAACUCCUAAAAGGUCAACAACGAAAAGGAGUCGGUUGGUUGUGACCGUUGACUGUCAUGAACCCAGUAAUCCAGAAUGUUGAGGGAUGGACCAAUCAGAAGGCUCUGGUCCAGGUGACACCAUAAGGCCUUGGAAUACCUGUGGCAGUUGGAGGGGCAGAGUGGUGGGAGGCCAGCGCAGCGGCAGGUCAGUGCAGCGUGUGCUCUUGUCUUGCUUCCCUCCCAUUCCCUUUUUUUGGCAUUGGCGUUGUUCAGUGGAAGUCGCCCAGGAUCUUCUUGAGUCGGAAGAGGAACCUGAAGAAAUGAGUGCAAGUAUUCCUUUGAUGGACCUUCCCAGCUGUGAAGUCCACAGACUUGGAGAGAUCGCAGACCUCGUGAGCUCUGUUGGCUGCUCACGCGUUGGUAAGGAAAAGCUAGCCCUGGCCUUGAAAAAGGAAGGCUAUAUUCCCAAACUGCUGCAGCUUUUCCAAGUCUGUGAGAAUUUAAAGGACACUGAAGGCUUGCGUCUUUUGUUUGACAUUAUGAGAGGAAUUUUGUACCUGGAUGAAGAGGUUCUGUUUGAGGUGAUGUUUUCUGACGAGUGUAUUCUGGAUGUUGCUGGAUGCCUUGAAUAUGAUCCGUCUUUGGCUCAGCCAGAAAGCCUCAGGGAGUUCUUGAUGAAAACAGCAAAGCUUCAGGAAGUUAUUCCUACAAGAGACCCUGAAAUCAGGCACAAAAUCUGCCAGACAUUCAGGGCACAAUACAUUCAUGCCAUCAUCUCGCAGAAUUCAUCUGACUUGGAAGAGGGUUUUCUUUCUACCCUCACUGCAUUCAUCAGACGCAGCGAAGAGGAGAUUUUAAGAGUCUUGCAGAAAGAUGAGAUAUUUUUCUCUGAAAUUUUUGCAAAAUUGAAUGAUGAAGCUACAGCUGAUGAGCAACUACGUGAAUUGGUGAAGUUUUUCAGGGAAUUCUUUGCCUUUUCUUAUGCAUUACCUACGAAUAGAGGUGAAUUUCUCAACACUUUGGCAAAGUUUGAAAUUCUUCCAACUCUUGAAAGGUUAAUGGGAAUGAAUGAUCUGCAAGUAAGAUCUGUUGCUACAGAUAUAUUGUCUUAUGUAGGAUACUUUAAUCCUUUCACGGUCCACGACUUUGUACUGCAAGAGGCCCAUCAGAGUGACAAUAACAACCAACUCCUCAUUGUGAUCAUUGAGCAGCUGAUCAACAAUGCUGACCCUGGACUUGGAGGAGAUAAUCAGCUAAAGAAGAUUUUGCUUAUUCUGAUUGAUCCAGAGAAUAUGCGGGAACACGUUAGUAAUUUAGAAAUAUUUGAGUUUCUCGAUUUCUUCUACGACCGUUGCAUUCACGUUCUUACUGCCCCACUUCUGGCUGAUACAUCAGAAAAAUCCUAUGACAAAGAUGAUUAUCAAACAGCAGAAAUACUUGCUUUAGUUUUGGAGGUGCUUUCUUUUUGUGUGCAACGGCACAGGUAUCAUAUGAAGAAGUAUGUUACAAGCAAAGAUCUGCUAAGAAGAGUCCUGGUAUUGUUGAAAUCCAAACACAAAUUUCUGGCCUUGUCUGCUCUUCGUUUUAUGAGGAGGAUGAUUGGCCUGAAAGACGAUCUUUACAACCAGUACAUCAUUCUGGGAAACCUCUUUGAGCCAGUUGUAAAUGCUCUGUUGGACAAUGGGACUAGGUACAACUUGCUCAACUCUGCCUUGCUGGAGCUGUUUGAAUUCAUCCGGGUGGAAGACAUCCAGUCUCUUAUUGAACAUAUAGUUGAGAACUUCUCUGACAAGCUGGACUCCAUCCAAUAUGUUCACACGUUCCAGGGACUGAAGGCAAAAUAUGAGCAAGAAACAAGCUGUCAAAGCCAGACACUGAACAGUGUCCCCUCCAUAUUGCCUGGCAAGACAUUUGUCAGAGAUGAAACAGUCUCCGAGGCAGAUGAAGGACCCCGGGGCAGUAAAGUUGAAGAGGAGGCAGCUCCGACAUCACCACAAAGCUCCAAUGUCUCCAAUGCAACAUCCACGCCCCUGACCAUAGUGAUGUCACCUGUCAAGAGUUGUAUAUUUGAAACAUUUAAUUUUACUGAUGAGGAUGAAGAGGAGGAGGCACAUCCAAGGAAAAGAGCUCGUCUGGAUUCCUAAAGGAAACGGAAGCUUUGAAAUAAGGACUUUUAUGAUGGGUUCGAAAUGCUAUGAUUGCUUAAUGUUAAACUAUGGAACCAGCUGCAAUCCACCAUAUAGAUCACUCUUGAUGAUACAUUAUUAUAUAAUAAUAAUGUCAUAUCAUAGUAAUACAUAUUAGUAAUAUAAGUAAUAUAUAGUUAAAAAUAUUAAUAUACAUUUAUAUAUAAAAUAUAUAUAUAUAAUGGUUUUAUUUAAUAUAAAGU